CGAUUCUAGUAGAUUUGCUUGUCUACUUAGUUGGAGGUUCAGCUCCAUUUUUUUGAGCAGCAUUUCUACGCUUUGUUUCCCAGAGCAAAAGAAACUCACCAGUAGUAUGAGUCAGAAGCGCUUUUUCUGUCAUUUGUUAUGUUUUGCUGUGUUUUUUGCCUUAGCUGAUCUCUACGCAGCUCAAGAAGAUCCUUUGAAAAUAUGCCGAGAAACAAAGUUUUGCGGAAAGAGAGUCACGUGCCUGUUCAACACCCAAUCUUAUUACAAAGUGAAUUUUACCCCGGACAAAAUUAUGCCUGAAUACUGUACACACGUGAACUAUGAAUUUGCAAGGCUAGAUCCAAAAAAGUACACCAUCAUGGAAGGAGACUUGGCUGUCGAUGUUGGAUUGAACUUCAUGAAUAUUACUGUUGAUUUGAAGAAAAGACUUUUUACUGGAGAGACAAAAAUAAUGCUUGCUCUUGGAGGCUGGAGAGACAGUACAAAAAAAUAUUCCGAGCUCAUGGAAACAGAUGAAAGACGAAAGAAUUUCGUCAGCCAUGCUGUGAAAUACUUAAAAGAUCACAAUUUUGAUGGAAUGGACUUUUCUUUUCAAUAUCCCAACUGCUGGCAGGGAGCUAUUGGAGUUCAUCCGGAUGACAAAGAAAAUUUUGUUAAAAUUUUACAGGAACUGAAGCCUGCAUUCGAAGCAGAGGGUCUAGUUCUUUCGAUCAGCGUUAGUGCAGUGAAACGUGAGGUUGAAGCUGCAUAUGAUAUGCCAGCCAUAGCGAAGACAGUGGACUUCAUCAACGUUAUGACAUAUGACAUGCACGGUCCUUGGGAACCUAAAACCGGACACCACGCCCAGUUUAAGUUCAAAGAAAAUGAUGAGGAUCCAGACUUAAAUGUUGAAGCGGCUAUGAAAAUAUGGGCAGAUGGAGUUGGUGAUCCAUCAAUGUUAAACCUUGGGAUUCCACUGUAUGCAAAGACGUUCACCCUCACAGACCCAGCGCAACAUGGGCUUGGAGCCCCAGCCUCAGGUCCUGGAAAACCAGGUCCCAGGACACUUCAAGGUGGAUAUAUGUCAUAUAAUGAGGUCUGUGAGGAGCUGAGAAGUGGAUCUUGGGGUGAGGAAUUCGAUUUCGAAGUGGGGUGGUAUAUCUACAAGAAUGACCAGUGGGCCUGCCAUGUUCCACCCCAGAUGGCAGUGCAGUUCGCGAAAUUCGCUGUCGAAAAAGGGUACGGAGGUGUGCUGCUGAAAGAACUGAGCGGAGAUGAUGUCGACGGAAAAUGCGAUACGCCGUUUGUGAUCACCAAAAUGGUCGGUAUGGAGAUGGUCCAUGAAGUACGAAGAAGCAUCAGGAAGAAAUCAAAAACCUCCCACACCUCCCACACCUCCCACAGCUUUACUUAUGUGGCUGGAUCCUCUUCUGAUGAAAGCGUUCAUGCCUCACUUUCCAGUAAAAAUUCCGUAGAACGUGAGGAUUCCGAAUCCGAUUCAUCAGACGAAGACGUUUCAGAAGAGUCUCUGCCACCCAUGAAGAUUGUAUGCUACUUCUCUUCAGCAUCCUUCUACAAAGUCAACUUCAACCCCAACGUGAUCGACCCUACCCUAUGUACGCACAUCAUCUACAAUUUUGCAAGCCUCAACGAUUCUUACCACCUUGAUGUCGGAGAUAGAUAUGUGGACAUUGAUCAAGGUUACUACGACAAAGUAACAUCUCUAAAAUCAAGAAACCCGUCCCUGAAAGUGCUCCUAGCUGUUGGCGGAUGGAAUGACAGCACGCGGAAAUAUUCAGACAUGGCGGCGGAUCCGAGCAAAAUUGUCAGUUUUGUCGAUUCAUCCAUUCCAUUCCUGCAGCAACACAAUUUUGACGGACUAGAUGUAGCUUGGGAAUACCCAAAUUGUUGGCAAGGAAACUGUGGAGUGAACCCUGCUGAUGUACCGAAUUUCAUCACUCUACUGACGGCUCUUCGUGCUGCAUAUGCUCCUGAAUCCCUCUUGCUUACAGCUAGUGUGUCUCCAGUAAGGGAAGAAAUUGAAGAGGCGUACGACGUGCCAAACUUGAAUCAGUUAUUAGACUUUAUCAAUGUAAUGACAUACGAUUUCCACGGAGGUUGGGAGAAGAAUACCGGACACCAUGCACAGUUUGCACCAACACCAAACGAUUUGACGUCAUCUCUAAAUGUGAACACUUCGGUAAAUCACUGGAUCUCCAGUGGCGCAGACAGAUCGAAGCUCAUUGUCGGAAUACCGUCCUACGGUAGGUCGUUCACAUUGGCUGCAGUCAACAAUUCCGGACUGAACGCUGCAGUAUUGGGACCGGGUGAACCGGGAAAGUAUACCCAAGAACCAGGAUUCCUAGGCUUCAAUGAGCUAUGUGAAGAUAUUAACAACUGGGAGUUGUACUCUGAUCAUCGCGCAGGAGAAUACGCAGUGAAGGGAGACUUGUGGGUUGGAUACGAUUCUCCAAAGAGAGCCGUCAAAAAAGCCAGAUACAUUCAAAGACUUGGUCUCGGAGGUGCAGCUUACAAACAUUUCUACACAGAUGAUUACAAAGGUACAUGCUACGGUACGCAGUUUCCUAUACUGAGAAGUAUUCAGUAUGCGCUGUUGAAUAAACAUCAAGAUUUUGAAAGAAAGGAAACUGACAUGGAGGAAUUCAUGAGAAAGAUCCAGCUGACGGUGCUGGUGUCUGAGAACCAAGACGUCGUGGACCACGAAGAGAAGGUGCAUUCUGAUGCGUCCGCCUCGGACGUGCUUAUCAGGAUGACCGCCACAGAGCUCUCCAGUACUGGUGAGGAGCAAAUCAAGGAGAUCAAAAUCAAUGCCGGAACGUUAGAUGUCAUCGGCGAGAAUAACGGCCACAUCCUGGAUUUGAUGCAACAAGCUUUCGCCACUGGUGGUUCCACGCGAUUCGUUGGAAAAUGAUCCUCGGUCGCUUGGAAAUGUAAUUUCCAGAUUGUGCAAAUAAAGACAAAUUCAAAUUUCAAGUCUGACAAACUCUGCAUAGUACCAAAUUCAAAAAAUUUAGUAUACAAAACUGUAAUGUACAAUAGCUUAAAACUCUAAUAAUUUUAAGCUUUGCGGUAAGGAUUUCUUAACCCUAAAACUAUUAAAUGGCAAUGGAAAUAACAUGUUUGUCAAAGUUUGUAAAAAUGGAUUCAGUUGAUUUUCCAAAUGCUUUUCCAAUAUUUGAUUCAUUUAUUAUUCAACUCAGUAAUAUUUGGAUUAUUGAUCAAAUUACUUUCAAUUAUUUUCAAUUAAAAAUUAAUCUUGAACAAAAAUGGAAUCAUGGCUGUAUAAGUUCAUCUGCGAUGUUUUAAAAAGAAUUUACAGUAAUGUACUUUAAACAAAAAAUUAUCAUUUUUUUGGCUAACGUAAAGAUUCUAGUAUCUCAAAAACACGGGGAAAAUAUUGUUUAUAAAUUUCGUGUGUUCAAUAAUUUGUAACAUACAUUUUGACUUAAGGUGAUACAUGGUCCUAAAAUAAUUAAACUUUUAUCUCAACAGAGAAAUUCUUUAUUUGCAAACAGUUGGAUCAUGCAAAUGAAAUGAAAUUGAUAUGCAGUUUCUUUAAAUCCGUUAAAUAUAAAAACUACUUCUAUUCCAACCAUUUCUCUGAAUUUUAUUUUUUCCUUAUUUGAAGCGGAGCAAUUUGUUUUCCACCUCUAAUACUUAUUAUUUGAAUUUGUAAGCGCAAUAUUGUUACUUUGAAACUGUUCCUCGUCAUUGAACGAAACAAUUAUCUUCUUAUAACUUUUAUUCUUGUCGAAGAUGUAUGUAUGUGGAGCAUAAGAAUAAAGAAUUCAUUAAAAAAAAUUAAUAAUUUUGCACUCUAAUUCGUGUUGAUCCAUAUAUUGGCAAGAGUUACAGUAGAUAAUAUAACGUGUUACGAAAAAUUUCUGAGUAGUUUUCUACAAAGUUGAUAACACACUCAUAAAUGUUAAAUUGCUUCAAUGUGGUGUUCUGACUUGAACUUAACGAUACAAUAGUAACUAUAAAAUGGGAAAAAAUUAAAAAUAUUCUGUUUUUUAUGUUAGAGUUUCUGAAUUUUAUAUUGUAAUAAAUUAUUUAUUUGCCA